AUGCAUCUGCCCUCUCGCCAGCCUCUGGCUCUGCCUCUGCCUCUCUCUCUUCUCUCUCUUUUGCUCCUGCGGCUCACCCUCGGUCGUUCUCGACUUGCCUGGGCCGAACCAUGGUUGUCGCGCUCGUUCUACUGUGUACUUGUGUACAUUGGACAGAGCCAUGUACCCCGGCACCUACCUACCCACUACCUCACAACCGCAAGUCUGCCGCCUGAAAUCCUCAAAAGCGAAUUCUCUGUCCUGACCGUCCAAAUGGAAAAUCUGCAAGCACGCACACGAAGCUCAUCCCAUCCCAUCCCUCUCUCCACACAGACCCCAAGGCAGAUGCACGCCGAGACUGAGCGGCCGGACCCAAUGGCUGGCUCGCUGACAGGGAACCAGCCUCUCUCGUUGGGAUGCCUGCCGGCAUACCAGCAGCGCACUUCCGUCUACUCUACCAGCCAAAGCCAGCCCCAAGCCCCAUCUAGACACACGCAUAAUUGCGUCGGCAUCGCGAGGCCAUGUAUCCAUAGCUGUCUUGCAAGAGGGGUGUGCACUCGGUCAAGUGUUGGUAUGCUGAUAGCCCCAGCAACGUCAGACAUUGCUGAAACUUCAGACCUGCCUAGGGAAGAACGUGAGACGGCUAGAAUCCACGUCACCCUGCGCAGCCGGGUAGAGCACCGAUUAUGCACCCGUGACCCAUCUACGGGUACUUGUACCUGUCUGCCACACGCUGCAAGAAACGCCUGCAUGUUCCACUUGCCGAACGCAAAUCCCUGGUAUCGGACAAACCCGAUACGCUUUAGUUCCACGGCCAUGAAAUCUCAUGGCCAGCCCUUCCUGCCCCCAUCGACAGCACCCACCGGGCCUUCUCCGCAACGAUGCAACGUCGUGAGGAACGACACCCACGGCGGACCGCCUGGCUGGGUUCUUCAACCACAGCGCCGGGCACUUGUUGGUCCAGGCAGCACCAUGGCCGCCGCUUCGUCGCAUGUCCGCCCCAAUUCCUACAACAAAGUACAAUCCGUGCAACGCACGCGCACACUAGCCUUGACCUGGCUCUCUAGAGUAGAUGCGAUGCAAUACGUAAUGCACACUGGCCGACACGACGGGGUGGAGAGCUCCCGCAGCCCACACCAGGUUGGCAUCUCUGUUCGGCUAUGGCUCGAGUUCGCCCACAUUGCGCAAGUGGUUUCAGCACUAACGAGGGUGGUGCAAGUCACAAACAGCAACCUUCGACAUACGAUACACAGUACCUAUCCAUCAAGCGUGAGAUCUGGGCUGCAACCUGCACAUGCCCCCUCCCCCAAAAGAACAUCCCAAGAGGCUGUCAUGCUAUUACAUGAGGGAAUUCGAUCAAUAGAGAUUGCUUUAAGUGGCGGUGUGGGCGUUCGACGUGAACCCAGCAACACACACAUAUAUAUAUAUAUAAUUAAGCCUACUCAACUCAACACACAUAAACGCACCGUCACCGCCUUCAUGGCUGUUCCUAAGCCAAUACUCUUAGACUGGACAGUUUGA